AUGUCGUUGCGAUGGUUCACUUUGCCCAUCUUGAUGGCGGUCGCCAGUUCUCUUAUGAUGCCCUGCUGGGCGCGAGCACAGGAGAUAUCAUUCGGCUGGUCGUUUGCAGACAACCGAAAUCCCCGACUUGUGGAAUGCGAAAGUAUCGCCGUCGUGGUGAGCGAGCAAAGGGAUGGGCCUCACCUUGGAUCUCCACCAUAUUACGUUGUUGCGUAUGAGCUCGACGGAAUAGUCACAGUCAGUGAGAUUGGUUCCGAUGCUGGCAAUCUCAAUUGGCUGGUAAAUCACCGCGCAGGUUCCAACGUACUUGUGAGUGUGGUCGAUUCCCAAGGCAGAGGCGGAAGUGUCUCGUCUCUCUAUUCUAUACAAGCUGGUUCUUCUGCCUCUUGCCUUCCUUCGGUCCCUUCGACGUCCCCACUUCUCGCAAUAAACGUCAAGAGGGACAGGAAUGCCUGUGAACUUCACAUGAACAAGGGCACGCCACCUUACACCGUCUCCAUCGCCGAAGCUGGCGCUUCUGUGACCAAUCUGACUCUUGGUUCUGAGGACCACACGUUCACGUACAUUAAUAGAGCAGCGCCCGAUACCGAUGUAUUUGUCUCCGUCAGCGACGCGAACGGUAUCUGGGCUGGGCAGACUCUCAGCAUCAAUACCAUUCGACCAUCAGAUCCCUCCUGUGGCGCAAGUGGCGAUCGUAUUUCCUCCCGGGGAUUGCUUGAUGCUGAGGUGCCGGGUGCUGCAGCCAAUGGCUCACAGCAAUCUGCACAUCGCAUAGCCUUGAUCAUUGGUAUCUGCAUCGGCGUCGCCGUCUGUGUGAUCAUCCUCUGUUUCGUCGCCUUCGUUUUCUUCCUGCGUAGAACUGGCAGGUGGCGCUGGGGCCGUAAAUGCUCGCAAGACGCGAUGCCACGGACGUGGACGUCCGAUGCUGGGGGAGAUACCACUCUGGUCUCCAAUACCUUCAUCAGUCCACUAAAGAACAAACGGUCGCAUGAUUUUGCCAAGAUGAAGUCAAGGUCAGAGCCAAAGCUGACCCUGGAUACGAUCGACGAUGACUCCAAUUCACGGACAUCACCCUACACCAUUGACGAUACUCAAACAUCUUCGUCUAUCUACAAUCACCCUCGUUUGCGCCUGGAUAUUGAGGUCCUCGACAUUUCCCCUGCGAAUAAUCCGGACCCCAGUCCACCGCUGUGCAGUACCAAAGAUGUCGGCGCCGUAUGCUCUCCGGAAAGAGCAGAGCACUUUUCGCCAAGUGUAGGAGGAACGUUUCCAUCUUCUAGCGUCACCUCCACACCCAUCCGCCCUUUACCCACUCCACCAACAAGGAGUCGCUUCCCGUUCAACGCUCCAUCCGCCGCCUCACCCCUCAGUCCUGCAUCACGUCCACUCCCAUCAACACCAACACCGGUUACACCCGCCAGCCCUCUAUCGCCGCCACAAUCCAGACGGCACCGCGACGUCACGACCCCUACAUCAAGCACACCCUCUUCGCAUCCUACCUACCCCCGAAGUGACCACCGACCAUUACAGCUGCAUUCCUACGACUCUCAACCCGGCCAUGGCCACCUGCGGUCUUAUCGCUCGACACCCAACGUCCGUCCCUCCGCAUCCUCGUCCGUCAUCUCCCCCAUCCAUUCUUCGAAUCCACAUACACGUCCGAAUGGCCAAGAUCAACCUCGGCCUUCUGAUUCGAAUUCGUCGUCGAGGGCCAGGACUCAUGAGCGUCAAGACCGCAAUCGUGGUGUAACUCGCUCGCGCUCGUUCAAUAAUCUGCGCACUUUCGAGCAGGGGACCUUGAGGGAGAGUUGGAGUGAAGAUAGGUUGGGGAGGGACGUCGUUAUUUUGCAGCACAGGGACGCUUCUGUGCCAGAUACUGUGGUCCAAGAGCUUCCUCCGCCUUAUCAUGAAUUGACCUUCGAACAUAAUAUACCACCGGGACGUCGAAAUGGGAAGCUAGGUGGACGCCCGUGA